AUUAAAAUCUCAUCACACUUAAGGAACCCUAACCCUAACCAAUCUCAUUUUCGAUUCGCUUAAUUCUUUCAAUUUAUUAAUUUUUUUACAUACAUUAACAAUAUAAUGAAGCAGUUAUUACACCAUCAUCAUUCAUAAUCAUCGUCAUCAUGAUCGUCCGAAUUUAGCACUGCAACCAUCUCAUCAGAUCACUAUUUUGAUAUAAUUUGACCUUUCCGAUCACAAUGUCGUGGGGUUUGGGAUGGAAGCGGCCGCUGGAGAUCUUUAAACUCACACAAACUAUGGUGCGAAGAUCUGGAGAUGAUUCGGCGAGAGAUCCGGAAUUAGGUUUUCAUAUCGAGCUCGAGUGGACAGGUGGCGAGGAGGAGGAGCAGGUGGCGUUGAAGCUACAGUCGCAAGUGAUGGUGGCACUGCCCUACCUCAAGACUCUGGUGGUUCAACUGGCGCCAGAAAUGGUGAAGGAUGGUGGUGAAAGGAGGGAGCCGUUAAGAGCUGUGAUCUUGACAAGGGGGCCGGGUCAGGCCAAGAGCGACGGUAUCGGAGUUUUGACUCGGCUUUUGAGAUCUGACCUGCCAUGUGGGUCCGCUGAUCGGGUGGGCCCUGCCUGCGGUGACCAUUGGAAGACUGCCACUCUUGUUAGCAUCUGUGGUGUUGUUUUGUCGGUAUUACCAGUUGAAUUGACCCGUUUGCCACUUCUUGAGAAACUGUACCUUGAUAACAAUAAGCUAUCGGUUUUGCCACCUGAGCUUGGUGAGCUGAAGAGUUUGAAAGUUCUCACUGUUGACAACAACAUGCUUGUUUCUGUUCCUGUGGAACUGCGAGAGUGUGUGAGACUGGUGGAGUUGUCAUUAGAACACAACAAGCUUGUUCGGCCUCUUCUAGAUUUCAGGGCUAUGGCAGAAUUACAAAUUCUUAGGCUGUUUGGUAAUCCUCUUGAAUUCCUUCCUGAAAUUUUGCCACUACAUAAACUUCGCCACUUGUCUCUUGCAAAUAUUAGAAUUGUGGCUGAUGAAAACCUAAGAUCAGUGAAUGUUCAAAUCGAGAUGGAGAACAGUUCUUAUUUUGGUGCAUCUAGACACAAGCUUAGUGCUUUCUUCGCUCUUAUAUUUCGUUUCUCUUCUUGUCAUCAUCCUUUGCUAGCAUCUGCACUGGGGAAGAUAAUGCAAGACCAAGGAAACCGUGUUGUUGUUGGCAAAGAUGAAAAUGCAGUCCGGCAGCUUAUCAGUAUGAUAAGUAGUGACAACCGUCAUGUUGUAGAACAAGCCUGCUCUGCUCUAUCAUCUCUUGCCGGAGAUAUUUCUGUCGCAAUGCAGUUGAUGAAAUGUGACAUUAUGAAACCUAUUGAAGCAGUCCUCAAAUCUUUUUCUCCAGAAGAAGUUAUUUCUGUUCUGCAUGUUGUGGUCGAGUUGGCUUUUGCAUCUGAUACUGCAGCUCAGAAGAUGUUGACCAAGGAUGUUUUGAAGUCAUUAAAAUCUUUAUGUGCCCACAAAAACCCAGAGGUACAAAGGUUAGCUUUGUUAGCAGUCGGAAAUUUGGCCUUCUGUUUGGAGAAUCGGCAUAUUCUUGUUACUUCUGAAAGUUUGCGGGAUCUUUUAUUGCGUUUGACCAUUGUGCCUGAACCCCAUGUAAACAGAGCUGCAGCAAGAGCUCUGGCAAUUCUUGGAGAAAAUGAAAAUUUGCGGCGUGCCAUAAGAGGGAGACAAGUUCCAAAACAAGGAUUGCGCAUACUUUCAAUGGAUGGAGGUGGCAUGAAAGGUCUGGCAACAGUGCAGAUGCUUAAAGAAAUUGAGAAAGGAACAGGAAAGCGGAUACAUGAGUUGUUCGACCUUAUAUGUGGCACAUCAACAGGUGGCAUGUUGGCUGUUGCUCUUGGUAUUAAGCUAAUGACCUUGGACCAGUGUGAAGAAAUAUACAAAAAUCUUGGAAAACUCGUCUUCGCUGAACCUUUUCCAAAGGACAAUGAAGCUGCAACUUGGAGAGAAAAGUUGGAUCAACUUUAUAAAAGUUCAUCACAGAGUUUUAGAGUUGUUGUACAUGGAUCUAAACACAGUGCAGAUCAGUUUGAGAGGUUGUUGAAGGAAAUGUGUACCGAUGAGGAUGGAGAUUUGUUGAUAGAGUCAGCUGUGAAGAACGUUCCCAAAGUAUUUGUUGUAUCAACUUUGGUGAGUGUGAUGCCAGCCCAGCCUUUCGUAUUCCGCAAUUAUCAGUACCCUGCUGGAACACCAGAAGUGCCUUUUUCAAUUUCAGAAAGUUCUGGAAUCACUAUGCUAGCUUCACCAACAACCGGUGCUCAAGUUGGCUAUAAACGCAGCGCUUUUAUUGGAAGUUGUAAGCAUCACAUAUGGCAAGCUAUAAGAGCAUCUUCUGCUGCACCAUAUUAUCUUGAUGAUUUUUCAGAUGACGUGUAUCGCUGGCAAGAUGGUGCAAUAGUAGCAAACAAUCCUACUGUUUUUGCCAUAAGAGAAGCACAACUUCUAUGGCCUGACACAAGAAUAGAUUGCUUAGUUUCCAUUGGGUGUGGCUCUGUUCCGACAAAGGUGCGGAGAGGUGGUUGGCGUUAUCUAGAUACUGGGCAGGUAUUGAUUGAGAGUGCCUGCUCUGUGGAUAGGGUGGAGGAAGCGUUAAGCACAGUGCUGCCGAUGCUUCCUGAGAUACAGUAUUUUCGGUUUAAUCCAGUUGAUGAACGCUGUGAUAUGGAGCUGGACGAGACUGAUCCAGCAGUCUGGCUGAAGUUGGAAACUGCAGUUGAUGAUUAUGUCCAAAACAAUUCACAAUCCUUCAAGGAUGUCUGUGAGAGACUGCUUAUUCCCUUCCAACACGAUGAGAAGUGGUCGGAGAAUUUGAAAGCUCAGCAUUUCCCCAGGGCAAAGGUGUCAAAUGCAGAUGAGAAGAGCCCAUCUUUAGGUUGGAGGCGUAACAUACUACUUGUUGAAGCUAUGCAUAGUCCGGAUUCAGGAAGAGUUGGACACCAUGCCAGAGCCCUUGAGUCAUUUUGUGCACGUAAUGGAAUAAAGUUAUCUCUUAUGCAUGGGGCAUCUGGAAUGUGGAAAACAAUGCCAGGAACAACAUUUCCAACACCAUUUACCUCACCUUUGAUCACUGGAACUUUUCCGUCGAGCCCACUUUUAUAUAGUCCUGAUGUUGGCCCACAGAGGAUUGGCCGGAUAGAUAUGGUUCCACCUUUAAGCCUGGAUGGACUACAAUCCGGAAAGACAUUUUCAUCACCGCCUCUAUCUCCCAAGGCCCAAAGGCAGCUCUCCUUACAUGUCAGAUCAUUACAUGAGAAGUUACAAAAUUUACCACAAGUUGGCAUUAUACAUUUGGCCCUUCAAAAUGACUCAGUUGGCUUAAUAUUAAGUUGGCAGAAUGAUGUUUUUGUGGUUGCCGAACCUGGGGAACAUGCUGACAAGUUUUUGCAGAGCGUUAAACUAAGCUUGUUAUCAGUGAUGCAGAGUAACCGCAGAAAGGCUGCAUCAUUUCUUGCCAAUAUAUCAACUAUUGCUGAUUUGGUUCGGUGCAGACCAUACUUCCAAGUUGGCAAUGUAGUCCACCGUUAUAUAGGACGCCAAACCCAAGUUAUGGAAGAUGACCAAGAAAUUGCUGCAUAUAUGUUCCGCAGGACUGUCCCUUCGAUGCACUUAACACCAGAUGAUGUUCGUUGGAUGAUUGGAGCUUGGAGGGACAGGAUCAUAAUUUGCACAGGGACUUAUGGGCCUACCCCGACUUUAAUUAAGGCCUUUCUAGACUCUGGUGCCAAAGCCAUCAUAUGUCCUUCAGCUGAACCACAGGAAACCUCGAUGACAUCAGCUCUUGAAUCAGGAGACUUCAGUGCACUGGAAAAUGGAAGGUUUGAGAUUGGAGAGGAAGAGGCAGAGGAUGAAGAUCCUGAACCUAUUAGUCCAGUAAGUGACUGGGAAGAUAGUGAACCUGAGAAGACUGGAGACCGGUUGAUGGGUCUUUGGGAUGAUGAUGAAGAGGAUUUGUCCAAGUUCAUCUGUCACUUUUAUGACUCACUGUUUCGAGAGGGCAUGAGAGUAGAUGUUGCUCUACAAAAUGCUCUUGCCUCGCAUCGGAAGCAGAGGUAUACUUGCCAUCUUCCUGGUAUACAGUAGAUUGAUGAAUAAUUUCAUACACCAAAAAAAAAAAA